AUAGAAGAAGAAGAAGAAGAAAAAGAAGAAGAAGAAGGAAAAACACGUGGUCCAUCGUUGAAGAGUGACGUCCCUGAGGGAAAUUGAGGUGAGAAAAGGGGCAGAGGCAGCCGUGCACGAACGCCAUGUCGAUGUUCAACCCUCUAGUUCGUUCUCGUUACACAGUUCUUGUCUAAAAGUCUAAGUUAUCUUAGUUGGGGAAAGACAACAACAAAAAAAGAACGUUGUGAAAUAGGAAAAGAGAGUAAUAAUAAUCGAAAGAUUUUAGUGCACAUAAAAAAAAAAAAAAAACAAAAGGAAAGCUCGUAGGAAUAAUCUUGAGAAUAAAAUUAACGAAAUAACUGGCGAAAUUACUCUUGCACGAAGCAUUGGGCUAUGAAUGAAGACCCAACCUUUUCAUCUCGAGGUUUUGGCAGUUUUGCUAUUGUCAGUGAUACCCUGGCCAGGUCCAAGUGUUUUUAAAAUAUCAUGCCCCCGCGAUCGUGCUUCGGUAGUGAGGAGGAUAGUUCACAAGAGAUGGAUACCUAUCCUGAAAAAAUAUCAGGUAGAGCUACCCUUAGAAUGUCCCUUUCACGAAAGUCGAGAUAUAUUUCGACCUCAACAACGAGCAAAACAUCAGCACAGACCGUCGCAAUGGACCUGCGGCCUCUGCGGCAAAUCCUUUUACGCGGAGAAACAUCUCGACGCGCAUUUCGAUAACAGACACAAAAGUAACGUUAAUACGGCGGAAGACGCCGUGUGCCUUGCCGACUACUGCGACAUUAUGAGAUGCGAAGUAUUGGGAAAUCGUGAUUUUGAAAGUUCGAUGGACGACGAGGACGAUGAUGGGGGUCAUCUCAAUACCGAUAUACAAGUGUGGAAGGAAAAUACGGAACAACGUAGUACUUCGGUAGUUCCGUGUUCGCGAGAUGUAGGAAGGAGCAAUUAUCGUCCUUCAUCUUCAUCUUCCACGGACAAAUCCUGCGCACUUGCAGCUACGAAAAACGACCUGCAACGUUCGUAUUGUCGACGUGCCGACGCUGACGUCCUGAAAAAUCAUCGACUAGCCGAUUCCUCAUCUUCUUAUCGUCGCAACGAGAUAGCUGGUCCUGAAAAUAACAGUGACGCGUGUGACAAUGACGAUGAAGACGACGAAGACGAUGACGAUGAAGACGACGACAAUGACGAACGGGAUGACGAAAAUAACGAGGAUGACGAUGAUGAAGAAGACGAUGACGAGGAAAACCUGGUAGAAUCUGCCCUACCUGCCGUUGAUAAAAAACAAAGACGCAGAGGGAUACAUCUUAGGAAACUCAAAUCGAAUUGCAAGCCCGAGGAACUUCAGAAGCUCAAGUUACAAUGUGAAAUACUCGUCCGCGAUUGUAUCGCGGGACUUCUCGCAAAUCUUUCGGUUCGAGACUUUCAAGAAAUCGAAGGUGAACUUAACCGGGCUAUCUGUUGGUACCUUAGUUGUGAUAGAUAUUGGGAGGAUACUAAACGACAACAACGUCAGACACCUUGGUAUCUGCUCGCUACGUUUAUGGCUCUUUUCUGCACUUCGAUUUAUGCCUGCUAUUACGUCAUCUGGGUUCUCUUCAAUACCGGAGACGAAGAGAGGCUCGACAAUUCGGGAAGUUACAACGAUGGAAGUCUUACGGGUACGUCAUCGUUACACGAUCAGAGUGGUCAUGGCGAGGGUAGAUUGAUAGAUAGAAGAAAAAUGGAUGGUGAAGACGAUAAUCUAACAUCUACGAACGAAGAAAUGCCAGAUCAUUACAUAUACGUCGCAUAUCCCCCAGAAUUGAAACGUCGUCUCUUGGAAAGCUGCUACAACAGGACUACCAGACUAUGAGACCGAAACGAAAGAGGACGAUUGUUUCGUAUCCAUCUUGAACACGACUGCACUACAAAUGAAGGCACUCUUUUCUCUUUCUCUCUCUCUCUCUUAAUCUUUCUCUCUAUUUCUCUUUGUCUUCGUGUUUUGUAUACCAAAUCUAUUCGAAUAAAUUGCAACGUAAGACAGGAAUCUUUUAUCGUAGAAAUAAAAAAAAAAAAAAACGACC